GAGGUUUCAUUGUUGGAUUCCGACCGCCCAGAAUCCGUUCGUAGGAAAUAUAAUGUUUUCGCAGGCUGCUAAACUGUGAUAGCGUCGAUCUGUGCUCUUGGAGCCAUACGUGCUGCUGCAUCCACGAGAUUCGCUAUCUCGCAAUCACCUCAUAAAAUCAGAACCGCAAUCCUAAGAGAGUUUCCAGCAUGGCUAGGACAGGAGCAGCUAGUAGGCCGAUAUCAUUACUACUAUUAUUCCUAGUGGCGUCGUUAGUAGUGGGUUUUUUCUCCCGUACUGCGCACGCGCGUCCGUUGCAUCGCGACAGCAUCCGUCCGGCGUCAACAGCGGGGGCAGCGGGGCGCCACGCGCUCGACGAGAUCACCAUCCACGCGCGCAUGCGGCGGGAGCGGCGCAGCCGGAGCGUCCGCCUGUUUUCCGCCGGCGAAUCCGCAUCGCUCUCGCCGCCGCCGUCGCUACAGCCGGCGAGCGAGCUGUUCGACGUCUGUAGCUUCCCCGGGCCGAUCAGCUUGAACAUCACGCCCUCAUUCAUCGGGACCACAUGGAAAGGAUGGGGCACGUCUCUUGCCUGGCAAGGAAACUACAUCGGAGGCUUCCCCAAGGAUCGCAUGGACACGCUCCUGGACCUCGUUUUCCACCGCAAUAAGGGGCUCGGGCUUAAUAUCGUCCGCUAUAACAUAGGCGGCGGGCACAAUCCCGAGAAGAGCCCGCAAUUUUCCAAGGAUUUGGCGUCCGGGCUUAAGGCUAUGCCCGGGUAUUGGCCGGCGGAGGCUGGGCCGUACGAUUGGAGCGCGGAUCAACGGCAGCGGAACGUUCUCUUCGGCGCGAGGGAACGCGGGGCGAAUGUUUUCGAGGCGUUUUCGAACAGCCCGCCUUGGUGGAUGACUGUUUCUGGUGACGUGGCAGGCGCGUCGGUCCAGAAUCAGCCGAACCUGCAGCCACAGUACGAGGGGAAGUUCGUAGAUUACCUCACUACAGUGGUGGAGAAAUUCGCAAAAGACCCGGCUUGGAAUCUGACUUUCGAUACAUUGGAGCCGUUCAACGAGCCGUUGGAGAAUUUUUGGAACGCGGGGAACGGGCAGGAGGGGUGCAAUCUCGACGUCCCCGCUAUAAGCCGCCUGUUGCGCGCUACUGGAGACUCGCUGAAGCAGAAAGGGCUCCAGACGAAAGUCGCUGCGUUUGAUAGCUGGACGGAGAACACGGUCCCCGCGGUCAAGUCUAUAACGGGGAUGGAUCAAGUGAAGCGGAUAAACGUGCACGGUUACAUGGACCCGGCCCCGAGUUCGCAGAAUCCUGUCAGCUACACGUCCCAGAUAUACAGUAAAAUGAGCGAUAUAGCGAAGGGGAUGGGGAAGGAGGUUUGGGUUAGCGAAUCCGGACCCAUGGGGCGAUACGGACAACCGUUCGAUUUGUCACUAUACAUGGCGCGAAACGUCAUCGAGACCGUCAACAUACUGCAAGCAUCUGCUUACGUGUACUGGCUAGCGUACGACCCGGACUCCCGAUGGACUCUAAUCCACUUCCCGUGGAAUUACCCCGCGGGGUACACAGGUACAGUGAUUAAACCGAAGCGGUCUAAAAGGUGGUAUAUAUUCAAGAUGCUGACGAGUCUCGCUAAGCCGGGAAGCCAGCCGCUCACCAUCCCCGCUGAGUGCUCGCACGGUAUCGCGGGGUUCUUCAACGAGGCGGACUCCGUAGUGAGUCUGUUUAUAGUGAAUCAGAAGGCGGAGGCGAAACAGUUGUCGGUGAAUUUGGAGGGGUUCAGGGUGAAUUCAAGGGGGAUUACGAAGGCGGUGGUUCGGCGGACCUCUUGGGUGCAUAAUAUGGCGCAGAGCGAGGUGAUUAGAGGCGGGAAAGCUAGUAUAACUAUAGAGGGGCAAAGCUUCGUCUCGGUACACUUCACCAAUGUUAGGAGAAUAUGAUGGCACUUCAAGAUAGAGAUCUAAGUUAGAGCUUCGGGCUUGGCUGAUUUAGGUUUACGUUAGGUUUAGAGCUUGGUUGUCCCUUCCUCAGAGACACAGCUAAAAAUCUAGCCAUGAUCAUUG